AUGCCAACGCCAACAGAAGAUCGAGCCCUAAGCCGCACGCUUCUACCUCCCGACUCAGUCUCUCCAGUCUCGACUAUAAGUCCUACUCGACUUGGGCGCUCAGAAACCAGCUUUGAACAGUAUUGUGAUCAACAAUUUUACACAGAGGAGACAAUAGAAUCCAGUCCAAGAUAUGAUGGGAAUGGGCACAAUCUUUCCUACACUGAUAUCGACAAUACAGAAUAUGUCGAGGCACCAAGACGUGGGCCAACUGGGCCACCGAAAGCUGCGUCGCUGCAUCAGAACGGCUAUCAGGACUCACAAAUAAAUGGAACAGACAUCACCGAUUCCACUCGGGGCACCAAAAGUCAGGCUUUGGCACAACAAUCAUCCCUUGAUGCUUCACCAAACGGAAAGGAAGAGACAUGGAUAGCAGAACCAUGGCAACCCCUUUGUCUUCAACCACCAGUGCUGCUGUCACUGUCAGCAACAUUUUUAAUAUGUAUGCUUGUAACUGCACUAUUAUACCAUACAUCGGUUCAAAAUAAUGGUCUAAGUGCGGAAGAUGAGACAAGACAUUAUGGCUGGAAAUACGGUCCAACAGCAGUUCUGACUGUAAUUCUCUAUCUGUGGUAUAGCAUCGACCUUUCCGUCAGAUCUCUGGUACCUUGGCAAGAACUUCGGCAGGGGCCCAAACCUGCAGAGGUUACGCUCCUACUGGAUUACAUUUCCCCAUUAUCUACCACCAUUAUUUGGCGUGGUUUGCGGAACCGCCACUGGGCCGUAGUCAUGACCGUCGCCGGUCGUUUUCUCAUCUUACUCACUACCGCAUUUUCCACUGCCCUCUUUGUCCUAAGCCCGACCGAGAUGGAGUUUAUCAAUGUCCCAAUGUCAGUUCCUACCUUCGACACGGAAUCCUUCAAACUGGACAGUGUUGGCCCGUUCGCAACAAACAUGUACUAUGCUGUCAAUUUUGGCAAUCUUGCAGAGCCUUUGGGGGCUUUCUCAGACGCUUGUGUACCAUCACCGACAAUACAAGCUGAUACCCAAAGUAUCCCCUCAAACGCCAAGAUAUGGGCCACAGUCGCCGGACUGGGCUUCGACACGAGAUGCGAGAUCCUUGACAUCGACACUUCUACACAAGCUCCAAAAAGACCACCGCCCAGCACUCUUGGUUAUGCAAAUUACUCUCAAGAUCGCUACUUUACGAUAAAUGUCAUCACUCCGGACUGUCUUAUCACGGAGGCCAUUGUGGCUGAUAUUGCCUUUUAUGAUGGCGACGAUUCAAUAUCUGAUUAUCAAGCCAGGAUUGACUCUUAUGCGUGCAAUCUUCCAUACAACUAUCGCGACAUCAAUUCGGCCGGGUCUGGCUAUGGGCCGCUUGUCAAUGUCUCAAGUACCGCAUGGUACAACACAACCAAUGAUAAUCGUGUCUUAUCAACGGUAUCAGAGGUCAAUUCUGCGGACAAUGGGACAUUUGUUCUGAAAAACAUAACAGCUAUGCUCUGUAAACCGUCAUAUACUUGGGGCAACUACUCAACCUUCUAUGAUGGCGCCUCCAAAACAGCACGUGUAGAGAGUCUCCAGACCGCCAGGCACCCCACGCAAGAUGAUUUGGGUUUCUCGCAGGGUGCUAUCGCGCAUGCCGUCAUGAGAACUGCUGAACAAGUCAACACUGUGGUUCCUAACAGCGAAGAAUAUUUUCUUACUCCGCUUUUCUUCGGGCUUAUGAAGCUGCACUCCAACGUGUCGUCCAUGCAUCAAUUCAUGGACGCCGAAUUACUGCAAGAUAGCUUCUUGCAAGUUUUUAAUGGAAUAGCAGCCAAGCUUGCUUAUGAAAUGAUUUCAAACAAAUCGGAUAAGAAACAAGAAAUCAGAGGAGCGGUUAUGUUCACGCAAAACAGAUUACAUGUCACAAUGCUCUCAACGGCAAUAAUGUGCUCUGCAUUUGGAAUUUUGGCUGCCAUCAGUUUUGGCUUGGUAUUUUUGGCCCCAAGGAGUGUUGUAGCUUCAAAACCUGGCUCUGUACUCGCAAUGGUCAACUCAUUAGAUCUGACAUCGGACGCCGCAGAGAUCCUUCAAAAUCUCGGACAUGUUCCCGACGAGACCAUCCGAGGGGCGAUUGCACCUUAUCUCUUCACCAGUACUGGCUCUCGGGAAGGAAAAGCAGGAAAGCUCACAAUCAACACAGCCACAGAAAAAUAUACAGCACUUGUGAAUUCGAGGACAGUUAUGAAAACUGAACUUCAAUGGUGGAAACCUUUGGGGAUCCAGGACUGGUUUUUAUUCGCCUCUUUUAUCCUACCUCUACUGUUUAUUUUACUUCUCGAGCUGUACCAAAGACAGUCUGAUGAGAAAAACGGAUUUGUGGAGAUUGGAUCUCGAUGGGGUGAGGCAAUGGCAAAUUAUAUCCCGUCCAUCAUCUCUCUAUUAGUCGGAGCCAUGUUUGCAAGCAUGGUAUCGGCGUGUGCUGUAUUCGCACCGUACGUCGGCUUGGCCAAACGACCAUCACACUUUUCGAGCUCAGUCGCCGUUACCUAUAUAAACCAGACUGGCCCGCAGCUGGGAUACUCGUCACUCAAGAACAAGCACUUUGGUCUGUCGAUCAUUACUUUGGCACAGCUUAUUGCGUCUGUUCUUACGAUAGUGCUGUCUGGCCUCUAUAGCACGGUAGAGGCCCCAGUUCAUGCUGGCAUUACGCUGCGGAGGCUGGAUAGGUUCAACAUUAGUGACGCGUUAUCGUUCGCAAACCCAAAUACGGGCCUAUUAACCAAGUUGACGACAUAUUAUGAGCUAAAGUAUCCCAGCUGGACCUACGAAUCUAUUGCUCUGCCACGUCUCCAGGUAAAGGAUCGUUCUUCCCUUGGCGAGGUGAAUAACGGCACCAUCAGAAGCGGACUACCGGGAAUUCGCGGUGAUCUCAACUGUACUGCGGUACCGCCGUCACACCUGAACAUCUCAAUCACCGGAUAUACGGAAAGUAAUGUACCCAUAGGCAUGGGACCAAUCCUCAGUAUUCGUGGGAGCCUACCUGACGACCGCUUAUGUGAUCAAGCCAGCGUCAACAGCAGCAGCAGCAUCACACAGAUGCCUUGGAUGCUGAAUUUCUUGUUAAAGAAUGACUCAACGCCAAGCUCAUUCGGAAAAGCGGCCGCCAUCCCCUCGUUUGGCAGCGUCGCGACCGAGAACUUGCGCCCCUCACUUGAAUGCCCAUCAAUUGCUAUAGUUCUUGGUCAAGCCACUGCAAUGCAUGUGGGCACUGAAGAUGGGUGGGAAAGAGAAUCAGAAUGGGGGUCAGACUCGGGGUGGGUUCCAACAGAUGUUGAUAUUGGAGUGUUGCUCUGCCGAUCCAAGUUCGAACAAUUAUCUGUGGAUGCGACCUUUGCUUGGCCCGAAAUGGAGCUUUCCGAUCAAGAACCUCCCAUCAUACAUGAAAACUCGUCUAGAUGGCUGAAUAAUCCCACUACGGGAAAUCCAGCCUGGGGAUGGGACUAUUCGGACCCUUACGCGGACCCUGGUAACUGGGGCAGUCUGACCAACACUAAUGACUCUUACACAAGGUACGGUUACUGUCAAAACGACACGUGCUUCGAUCCGUUCAUCCUGGCUCUCUUGGAUGGAAAGUACAAGGUUCCACUGGAACAGAUUUCGGGCGAGAAUAAGACUGGGGCACUGAUGCAACAAGCUCGAGGACUCUGGGGGAGAUUGCUAGCACAAUCAUUAUCUCAGAAUAUGCGAUCUGAGCAGGGUUUCACCGCCUCGACACCAGUUUCAAAUUCCACCACGGCCCCUGGGAGCCGCCCUAGAGCCAGAGCAGAGAAUACAGACUCAGUAUCAGUAUUUUACAAUGCCGAUUUCGAAGCAAUAGACUCGGCAUCACCUCAGAGAUUGAAGCAAAACGCUUUGUCCAAGGUGAUAUUGCAAAUUAUGCUAGGCUUGAUGUCACUUGGAGUUGUUUUGAUGCGCUCAUUGAUGGACUUUGGCAAAGUACUACCUCAUAACCCGUGUUCGAUUGCCGGGACAAUGACUCUUGUUGUGGAUGGGAACCUGAGCAGAAAUACGACUGCAGCCAUGGUCAACAAGCAGGUGGGAAAGAAGAAAAAGCACAAGCAAUACACGGCGCUUCAUGCUUCUGAUGAAAAUGGUCAAGAGACUCAGAGUACGGAGCCAAAGUUUAUCAUGGGUUGGUGGAAUGAUGGCGACACUCGCAAAUUUGGGAUCAGGUGUAUAAAAGACGGGGAUUGA